UUGACAAAUACUUUCCCUAUAUUUCAACAAUCUUUAAUUAUGGGGAAUCCUUCAACACCUGUAAAUUCUCCUUCUCCUGUGCAAAAUGGAACUGUUAAAAGGGCAAAGAGGAAAGCGUCCGGAGGUCUUCCAAUUGGGGCUAAUGGUCAAAUUCAGGCUGAUUGUUUAAUUUGUUCGGAUAGGGCGACAGGCAAACACUAUGGAAGCGUUUCAUGUGAUGGCUGUAAAGGCUUUUUUCGCCGUACUAUACGCAAAAAACAUAUUUACGUGUGCCGUUUCAACAGUAAUUGUGUUGUUGAUAAAAACCAACGCAAUUCCUGUCGUCGUUGUCGAUUUGAAAAAUGUUUAAUAAACGGAAUGCGCCCUGAGGCAGUCCAACUUGAACGUGACAGAAUUGCAGCUACUCGACGAAGUAAUUGUGACAAUAUGAAAAUUUUGGUGAAUACAGAAAAUGGAGACGACAAAAAUUUGCUUAAUAAUUCACUAAAUAUUCAAACACCAAUAUCAUCACCAACAUCAACAACAAAUAAUGAAGAAUUAAAAUUAAAAAAUGCUGCCAUAGCAGAAAAUAAAGCAAUUAUUUUUCGUUUAAUAAAUGCUGAAAAAAUAUUAUCUUCUAAUAAUAAAAAGGAAGAAAAUGAUGUUAAUGAAAAAGAAAUGAAAUUGGAAUUGAAAAAUAAUUGUAAAAUUGCAACGACUGGGGAUGUGACAGAUUCGAUGCACCAUCAAUUAAUUUUGUUGGUUGAAUGGGCCAAACAAUUAGAAGAAUUUCGACGUCUUUCAUUAUUUUCCCAAAUUGCUUUGCUCAGACACUUUUCAGCUCAACAUUUGGUUAUUUGUGCUGCUUAUAGGUCUUCUAAACAUAUUUCAAGUUGUGAAAGUAAUGACGCUAUUUGGUUGGCUAAUGAUCGUUGUGUGCCUAGAGAUGCUCCUAAAUUGCCUGAUGUUAACUGUUGUCUUUUUAUGAUUUUAUUUCUGAUUUCUAUUAAUUCUGAUAUUGUAUUUCCGAAUUUAAUUCUGAUUAUUUUUGUAAUUAAUACUAUUUUUAUUUUAAUUCUGGUUAUAUUUUUUGAUAUUCUGAUUUGUUUUAAUUUUUCUGGUCGUGUUGUUGCCCGUAUUUUAGACCAUUUAACAGCCCCAAUGCGUCGUCUCCAUUUAGAAGAUAGAGAAUUUGUUGCAUUAAAAGCUGUUGCUUUUUUUGAUCCAAUGGCAAAAGAUAUAGAAGAACCAGCCAAAUUAGAAAUAGAAAAAAUUCGACAACAAAUAAUGUUGGCAUUUGAAUAUCAAGUAACCAAUAAAGUUAAUAAUCAGCAACUAAUUUCUUUAAAUAAUCGACUGGCUAAUCUAUUAUUAUUAUUACCCCCAUUAAUGGCUAUUGGAAGAGAUUUGGUGGAAGAAGCACAAUUGGCCAAACUUUUUGGUUUGGCAAAUGUAGACGAAUUAAUGGCAGAAUUAUUAUUACCUGAAGAUGCAGAAACUCGUAGUUAUUCCCGUUUAAGGACAAGUGUUACUUCUUCAAUUGUACAGUCUAAUGUAACUUCUCCAAAUCCGCCAGCUACUUCUCCGCAAAUUUUGCAAAUUCCAGGAAUUGUGACAGCAGCAACGUCGAAUAAUUCACAAUCGCUUUUGUCAAUUCCUACAUAUUCUUCAACAUCUUCACUUAUGUUACAAAUUGGUUGUUGUAGUACUUUACCUUUACAACAACAACAAAAUUCUUUUGGAAAUUUACAAAAUAGAGAAAAAUAA